CUCCUGUUUCAGAGAAUGGUGCCUCCCGAGCUGAGCUAAGCGUGAUGAAACUGGGGACAAACCAAUGAGCAGAAGGGGGAGAGGGUGUUGUUUUUGCGGAAGGGGAAUGCGCUGCCCCGGUCUGGGCGAUUUUUUUUUGCCCUGCUGCGAGCUGAAUUAGCAGGAGGGGACUGUGUAGGCAUGGGUGCCCCGAAGGGACCGGAGUAUCAGCCUCCUCAAGAGGUCGAAACAAGAGAGGAUGAAGAGCAAAAUAUUAAGUUAACUGAAAUUCUGGAGCUAUUAGUGGCAGCUGGCUACUUCAGAGCAAGAAUUAAAGGGCUGUCACCCUUUGAUAAGGUGGUCGGUGGUAUGACGUGGUGUAUCACGACUUGCAGCUUUGACAUUGAUGUUGACUUACUGUUCCAGGAAAACUCAACUAUUGGUCAAAAAAUUGCCUUAACAGAGAAAAUUGUGUCCGUCUUGCCUAAAAUGAAGUGUCCUCAUCGCUUGGAGCCUCAUCAAAUACAAGGGCUGGAUUUCAUCCACAUCUUUCCUGUUGUGCAGUGGCUGGUGAAACGUGCAAUAGAGACGCGGGAAGAAAUGGGAGAUUACAUUCGAUCAUUUUCCAUUUCGCAGUUUCAAAAGACGCACAGUCUUCCGGAGGAUGAUGAUUUCAUGCAAAGAAAAGAGAAGGCAAUCCGAGCAGUUGGUGAGAUAUCUGAAGUAUACAAGCCACAAAGGAAAUAUAAGCGACAGUCAGUCGCAGAAAAGUUACUAGAUGAAGAGUCCAAAGUUCAUGCUACACUUCUGGAAUAUGGCAGGAGGUAUGGAUUCAGCAGACAAGGAAAAAUUGAGCAGGCUGAAAACAAAAAAAUGGUACUGCCUCCGGGACUUUCAUCGACGGGGAAGAGUGACACCUACAGUGAAGAUGAUCUUCAAGCUGCAGAAGAGCUUCGUAUUAAAACACUGAUGACUGAAAUGGCUGCAAUGGGUAUAGAAGAGAGCCGAUUGACUGCCAGCACCGUAGGCCAGAUUGUUGGUCUUCAGUCUGACGAGAUCAAGCAGAUUGUGUCACAAUAUGCUGAAAAGCAAUCAGGGGCUGUCUGCAGGAGGAGCGAUCCGGAGGAAGAGACUUUGAGGGCUGUCCAGCAGCAUAGAAGGAAGGUGGCAUCACUAAACAAGCAGAUUUUGCAGAAAACAAAACAAUUGGAAGAGUUGCAGGCUAAAUGUGUUGAUCUUCAAGCAGGUUGUAAUGAGGCAAAAAAGACACUGAAUGAGGUUAAGAGUUACAGUGAAAAAUUGGGCAAGGAGGUCGCUGCCUUGGAAACAGUGGAGUCGCAAGCAGAUUCUAAUGUACUACAGAAGCUUCGAGCAUUGGUGGCAAUGAAUGAGAAUCUCAAGAGCCAAGAACAAGAAUUCCGAUCACAUUGUAGGGAAGAGAUGGCACGCUUGCAGCAAAACAUUGAAAGUUUGAAAGCAGAAGCUGAUGAAAAUGGAGAGGAUAAGGAACCAACUAAAAUUAUAGACCAGCAAUACAAAGCAGAGAGAGAAAAGCUACAGAAGAUCAGACUCCUUCUGGCCCGACGAAAUAGAGAAAUAGCCAUUUUACAACGCAAACUUGAUGAGGUACCCAGCAGAGCUGAGUUAACCCAAUAUCAGAAGAGAUUUAUUGAACUUUACGGUCAGGUAUCAGCAACUCACAAAGAAACAAAGCAGUUCUUUACUCUCUAUAACACACUGGAUGAUAAGAAGGUGUAUUUAGAAAAAGAGGUUAACUUGCUGAAUUCAAUUCAUGACAAUUUCCAGCAAGCCAUGGCUUCUUCCAGUGCUCGGGAGCAGUUUUUGCGGCAGAUGGAACAGAUUGUAGAAGGAAUUAAGCAGAAUCGAAUGAAGAUGGAGAAGAAGAAACAAGAAAACAAAAUGAGACGAGACCAGUUGAAUGAUGAAUACCUGGAGCUACUAGAGAAGCAGAGGCUUUACUUUAAAACAGUGAAAGAAUUUAAAGAGGAGUGCCGUAGAAAUGAAAUGCUUCUGUCCAAAUUAAAAGCCAGGCUACCUUGAAGAACUUCAACCAGUGACAUUGUAUGAUGAGCGUUUUGUAUGUUUCCAUUUUGACUUAUCCAUUGGCUAAAAUUAAACAAUUCGCCUGUAAAGAUGUAAUACAAUAGAGCAAAAAGGAAACAUUGCCUUGUUUGUUUCCUAUGUAGAAAGGCUACCGUGACGUAAGAAUGGCAUUCUUUCCUAACUUGAUGUACAUUUGCACUAGUCAACAUUUCAAGAAAAACCUGCAUGCAUUACAAAAUAUGUAUUGUUUUAAAUGAGGAAAAAUAAACAGAUAUGCAGUAAACAGAGUACUGAAUUUAUGUGACUAACAUUACCUUGAUGAAGAAUGUAUUUUCUGAUCCAUAAGAAGCUAUAAAACAAAACGUUUCAGACAAUAAAUAUCUGAACCUAGUGGCUAGCUGCAAUUAAAACAGGAAUGAUGGUUUGUUCAAUUCCUGGUAAAGUUGUUUAGGGCAGGAGCCUGUGAAUCUGCAUAAGAACGACUGCAUCACAAACUGUAUGGUCAGGUAUUUCUUCAACAUGUAAAUUAUUUCUCCAUUUGCUUGUGAACAUGGGCCUGGAAGGAAAUUAUGUUCCUGCCUUCUAGGCCUCUGCAGCCAUAGAUUUAAGAAAUACAAAAACUUGGCUGAAUUCAUACUCCUUCAGUAUGGAUUCUGAAGUUAGCAGUGAGGGAAUCAUAUAAUGACUGUUGUACUGUAUAAUAAGCAGCAAUAAUCACCUUUCACCCACUAGUUCGCUGUUUAUAUUCCACUGUAAUGCUAAAUAAAACAGUGCUUUCCAGAAAGAAAGGGGCACUAGCCUCUUCCCUGAUGCAUUCUUCAGCCAUGCAUGACACAUCACAUUAAGAGCUUUUUCAGAUCAGCAUAGUAAGAAACGGCUGGAAAAAAACACCAUUAUAGGUGUGUUCCUUUCAGAUCUAUGUCUGUUUAUCUUCUUUCUGGCUAAAUCUGAAUUUUCCUGUCCAUCACUACACACAUGGGGACUGGGGUGUUAAGGUAACUUGAAUUCUGUGAGCACCAUUAAUAGUUUGAGGCUAUCCUUAAACUAGUUUACGCUGUAUUUACAAUGUCACAGAAAGAACUUUAUGCUGUGUUUUACAAACCCUUUAAAAAGAACAAGAGAUAACUAGUAAUUGGCCAAGACACAGUUUUUAUCACUAGGCCUUGUGCAAGUUGUGAACAGACCAAAAUGGCUGCCUAUCAAUGGACGUUCGAAAAGAUGGUUCAGUGUUUUACUGUAAACAGAGUCUGUGUACAGUGUACACUAUUGAUUUUUUUGAAGCAUGGAAUAAUUCUCAUGUUUGUUUUAUGCAUAUGCAGCCAAAUGUGUAAAUUAAACCCCACAUUUAUCCAA